AUGGAUGAAUUUCAAAUACCCCAACUGCAUUUAGACAAAUCUCACUCAGACACAACCAAGGGUUGCGGUUAUUUGACUUGGACCAAUUGGCUAGAGACGCUAUUCACAUUGUGCGAUAAUUUGGACCGAUUGUGCCACGCGAUUGAUCCUCAAUUCCCAACAUACACUCACGACAUAGAUAAUUUAGAUUGUUCAAAUAUCGAAGACAACAGCACUGCAAGAAUGAAUGCAAAUGCUUUAAAACACAGAACCCAGCAGACACUUGAAAGGGACGCAAAUAUCACAGCCACUAGUUCAGUCACUGGCUGUGUUGAUUCUGAUGGACAGCGGGCCGAAACAGAUCCAAAUGAAGUAAAUAGAUAUAUCAGAAGCGCCAAUUUGGCCCAUGCGCCAUCUAUUACCCAGACACAUAAAUCAAAUUACCCCUGCAAUCUCCAUUACAAUAAUGUGAUCCCUCAACACACAAUUCAGAUUACUGCAGAUUUGCCUCCGCGAAGCAAUAUUUCCAACUCUUACACCGGCGGGUACUCUUAUUCUCCAAUUUCCAACAAUACAAACGGCUCAAACACUGACCAGUAUUGCUACACCAACGAUGCCUACAACCUUGACUACCAAUACCAACUCUACUUAGACGCAUGGGCACAAUCUGUUCAACCAUCACAACACCUCCAAUCUAUCAAUCAGCAGACGAUAGGUCAACAACAGAAUCCCCGGCAAUUCGAUUGCAAAGAUAUGGUUUAUACCAACUACCAAUACACUGGUGUCAAUGGGGCUGACAGGUACAACAGUCAAUCUCCCUCAUUGAUUAAUAAAGUGAACCAGAUUAACUAUGAUGGAUCUACUACUCCCACCACUAGCACUCCGAAUUAUUCACCAACCUACAACACUAGGAGGAGGAAGGAUGAUUUGAGUGUCCCAAAAGCUACAAAUGAAUUUGACUACCUACUUUCAAUGCCAUCACAGCGUAUUCCAGUAAAUUCUAAGGAUGAUAUGAAGUGUGAGAUAGCAGGUGUUUACUGGGAUAAGCGUUCAUGGAUUGCUUCAUGGUAUGAAGAUGGAAAGAGGUACUAUAAGAGCUUUUCUGCCAGGACACAUGGGUUCUAUAGAAGCAAAUACUUUGCCAUUCAAAUUAGAUUGGGGAAAGUUAGACAGAACAUUAUUAAACAACAGAGGCCAAGGCCUAGGAGGAUUAAUCACACCUAA